CACCACCCGCUCGCCGCCCUGCCCGGCAUGGCGGAGCGCGGCGAUUCCGAGCCCACCCCGGGUUGCAGCGGUCUGGGCCCGGGCGGCGUUCUCGGCGGUGGCGGCGGCGGCGGCGGCGGCGGCGGCGGCGCCCACUCAUGGGCCCCGGAGGACGCCUGGAUGGGCACCCACCCAAAGUAUUUAGAAAUGAUGGAAUUAGAUAUAGGAGAUGCCAGCCAAGUUUACAUAGCAUUCUUGGUUUACCUGGACCUCAUGGAGAGUAAAAGUUGGCAUGAAGUAAAUUGUGUUGGAUUACCAGAUCUCCAGCUCAUCUGCCUUGUCGGUACAGAGAUAGAAGGAGAAGGGUUACAGACGGUGGUGCCUACACCCAUCAGGGCUUCCCUCAGCCAUAACAGGAUAAGGGAGAUCUUGAAGGCAUCUCGAAAAUUGCAAGGUGAUCCAGAUUUGCCAAUGUCUUUUACUUUGGCCAUAGUGGAGUCCGAUUCCACAAUAGUCUAUUAUAAACUUACUGAUGGAUUUAUGCUGCCAGACCCUCAGAAUAUUUCCCUUAGAAGAUGACACCUAUACUUCCUGAAGCUUACUGUGAGAGUGGAUUUGAGAUCCGUCAGCCUGGUUCAUCUUUUAUCUCAGAGGUGGUUAGGGUUGACUUAGCUGGUCCUAUUCCAUAAGUUUUUCUUUUUGAAGAAUAAAACUUUCCCAGAUAGAAGAAUUUUUUUGUUGAUAAAUAUAGGGUAGUUGCUCUAGAACUUUCUUACCUGGAGACAGUUUAAUUACAUUUAAAUACAAGUUGAUGCUUAGGAUGUGUUCAGAGGGGUGGAACACGUGUGUUUCUUCUGUCAUCUGCCACCCAUAGCUGCCUCAUUGUUCAUUGCUGCCACUGCUAACACAUUGUUGAGACUUACCUUUCUCUAAUUCAACCCUCUCAGUGCCUUUUGGCCACUAUAGCUAGCCUGCGGUGGUGUUUCAUAGAUACCUGGACACUUGGAGAGUUUGCUCAGUCUCCUUUUAAAUCCCCAAUAGAAAGUAACAGUUUUCUUUCUAUUGGUUUUUAUGUGGCAUUUACUGUUGACUUUAAGUCAAAAGUAAAGAUAUGCUCAUCCAGAGUAUAAAAUUACAUCCCUGUCAGACUAAUAGGGACCAGAGGAGUGCUACCAAUGAGUUACUUCCUACCUAAGUAAAGGAAGUACGGGGCCUUCCUUUCCAUUCUUAUUACCACCACCCUUAUUAUAUCAUGGUUAGAAUAUUAUGUGAGAUGGUGAGAAACGGUGUCAGCUUUAAAGACAUCUUUAUUAAGUAGACCCAGUUAUUCCACUUUUGUUAAUACCUCCCAGUUAUGUUGCCUAAAGUAUAAAAAUUAUAUGCACAAAGAUUCCAAGUGACAUUAAUUGUAAUAGCCAAAAUAAUCACUUAAAAGUUUUAGGAAGGGGUCACCAAACUUUUUCUGUAAAGGGCAGAAAAGAAAUAUUUUAGGCUUCGCAAACCAUACAGUCUCUCUUAAAACUUCUCAAAUGUGCCAUUUGUAGUACAAAAAUAACCAUGGACAAUACGUAAAUAAAUGGGCAUGGCUGUGUUCUAAUAAAACUUUAUUUACAAAUGCAGGGCCAUAGUUUGCCAAUCCCUGGUAUAAGGAAAUAGUUAAUAAACAGAUAUAGAUAGCCAAUGAAUGGUACAUUAUGUACUCAUUAAAAAUUAGUAAUGAAUAAAUGAAAAACAUGAGAAAAUAAUUAAAAAAGCAAGAUAUGAAAGUGUGUGAAUGGGUAAGUUCAUGGCUAUAAAUAACACACCAAGUAUAUAAUAAAAGGGUGACAAAAUAAAUUACUAACUGUUCUUAUAAUAGGGUGGCAGAGCAAUAAAUGGAUGACUUUGUCUUU